CAAGAAGAGUCGGCCGCGCCCGCUUUGAGGCGGAAGACAUUGAGCAAACCCUACGGAAGGCGACGCCUGCAGCUAGCAAGUGGCCGAGCAGCGAUGGAGGCUGAUGCAGCGAUGGAAGAUGAGGCGGAGGCCGCUGCUCCAUCGCCCUCCUCGAAGCGUCUCGCUCUCAAGAACUCUAUCCAGACCAACUUCGGCGACGACUACGUCUUCCAGAUCGCUGCCAACCAGGAGAUCUCAAAUUUGGCUGUGUCCUUGUCUACAAAUACAAUCAAACUUUACUCUCCAAUAACUGGACAGUAUUUUGGUGAGUGUAGAGGCCACAGUGGUACAAUCCAUGAAAUUUCUUUUCCAGAACCAUUGUCACCACAGGCAAUUUGUUCUUGUUCAUCUGAUGGCACUAUUAGAACAUGGGAUAUCAGGACAUUCAAUCAGGUUUCUCUGUUAAGAGCUAAUUCCUCUCAAGAAAUAUAUAGCUUUUGCUAUGGUGGAUCAAGUGGUAACCUACUUGUUGGUGGAUGCAAUGCUCAGAUAUACUUUUGGGAUUGGAGAAAUGGAAAGCAGGUUGCUUGCUUGGAGGAAUCCCAUAUGGAAGAUGUGACACAAGUACGAUUUGUUCCGAAUCAACAAAACAAGCUCAUUUCCGCUUCAGUUGAUGGUUUGUUGUGUCUCUUCGACACCAGUGGACAUAUUGAUGAUGAUGAUCAUUUGGAAUCUGUGAUGAACGUGGAAACUUCUAUUGCAAAAAUAGGUUUCUUUGGAAGGAUGAAUCAAAAGUUUUGGUGUUUGACACAUAUUGAGACGUUGAGCAUCUGGGAUUUGAAAGACACAAGAAGAGAAGUAAAUUUUGAAGAUGCUCGGUCAUUGGCUUCGGAGAAAUGGAAUUUGGAUCAUAUCGAUUACUUUGUUGAUUGCCAUUACUCUGAUAUUGAUGACCGACUAUGGGUGAUUGGUGGCACGGCGUCUGGCACGCUCGGCUACUUCCCAAUUAGCCCUGAUCAUGCAGGAACCAUCGAUUUCGCUGAAGCUAUUCUCGAAGGUGGCCAUGCAGGGGUUGUGAGAAGUGUCUUGCCUGCUUCAAACACUCAUUGCACAAUUGCAAAAAAGGGCAUCUUUGGCUGGACCGGAGGCGAAGAUGGCCGCCUAUGUUGUUGGUUAUCUGAUGAAUCAUUGGAGGCAAAACGAUCAUGGAUUUCAAAUUCCCUUGUCAUGAGGUCACACAAAGCCCGAAGCAAACGACAUCAUCCGUAUUGACACAAUCCUACAUAAUUUGGUGGAAAGUCUGUUCCAUGAUCUAUCUAUAAUGUUAAAUUCUGUACAUUAGUUAUAAAAUAUGUUCGUUAGGAUUAUUAUGGUGUUGGGUUGAUCAUGCUGUAACACGGGCAAUCAUCAUUUUUAACACAAACUAUGGCCUUUAGCA